CUCUGACAGUUGUUUAUGACCGAAGAAGACCUUCAUAACUUUACAGCUGUUGUCAACACAACACGUUAAAACAUGGAAGCGGCGAAUUAAACCGUUAUGUAAAAUGUCUCAUUUGCAGGCAAACGCAGAUAGUAUGCCCCGAUGUCUCUCCGAUUCAAAACUGGACGAAGCUUUUGCGGCACACGGGCAAAGCGGACAUCGAUUUGGAAGGAAAAGCUUCACUCGUCCAACCUACUGUCACCACUGUACUGAUCUACUCUGGGGUUUGACAAAUCAAGGACUUAUAUGUGAAGGUAAAACAGCCCUACAAUGUUUUACGUCUUAGAUCAACUCGUGGAUGAAUUCUUAAGUUUGCGGUCUUUGGGUUUAUAAGUAAAAACAGUUCAUGGGAAAUGUCGAUUUUGUGCUCUGCCGAAAAUAAAAGCACGACGUCUUCGAUUAUUCUUUCUUAAAAACGGCGAGUUUAUAAUUUUGAUGACCUAGCCACAAACAUACAUCGCCUAUGGGUUUGGCACUUGGCUUAAUUUAUCUGGUUAUUUUAAAGCCUUACAGUUAAUGUACGCUAAAAAUUUAUUUUCUCGUUUGUCAGUGCUUCUUAAAAGUUUCGUGACUUGUGGACAAUCGGAUGGUAUCUGUUCGAUUUUCCGUUCGACUUGUCAGUUCGAAGUUAAGUGGCUCCUCAUUAAGUUCAAAGAGAUUUAAGUUAUGGUUUUGCAGAUGCAAAAAUAAUUCAGACUUCCCACGGAUAUUAAGAAUUAUUGUUUUAUGCUGAUAUGCGCAAUGUUCUGAAUGUUUGCGCUAAAACAUCUGCUAUGAUAUACAUGUAGCCUACUGGUUUCAUUCCUAUUUAUAAAGUGAAGCUCUGCAUGCAGACAUUAAAAUAUUAACAGCUUUGGUUAUGUCUUAUGUAGAUAAAAAAGUUGUUUUGAUAAAUUUGGCUCUUUUUUGUAGGCUACCUUAGGUUAUCUUAUUUUUUUCCUUGUCAAUUGAAAAUUCAAAAUGAAAUACAACCUUAAUUUUUUACUUACGUCAUAAAUUUUGAAGCCUUCCGAUUCAUUUUAGUAUGACGGGUUUGUAGGUUUCUUUGAACAUUUUAUUUCAAAUUUUAAAACAUUAGAUGCAAAUGGUAGAAUAUAAUCAUUUUUAUUAUUUUGUCCAAAUUAAGGUUAAUGACAUUUUCAAACAUAAUAGAUAAUUACAUGUAUUAAAUGUCAGGUUUCUUAGGCCCAGUUCAAAUGUUGAUCUUUUCAUGGACUGAACAUAAUAUCUAUUUCAACGGUUGUCUCAGGCGUCGAACGUAAUUUGUUAGUUGGGUUCAAUUCAUUUUCAGGAUGUUCAAUGGUCUAAAUUGCGUACAAGUGAAAAUAAAUUAUAGUAAUUUAUGUAGUAGGUUUGGCAUUUGAGAAGUUUGAUGUUUGAAACAAAUUUGCUCCACAGUUGUAAUUCCCAGGUGGGCCACUCAAUCUUAAUUCAUGGGUCGACCCAAAUAAGACAUGUCAGACUUAAUUGAUUCAAACGUAGAUCUCUUCAUGUUCUUAAUUGAAGGGAUUAGGUUCGGUACACAAAAAGUUUGACAAUUGAACUUGGCCUUACCUACUUAGUGUACAGUUGACAGGAAUAUACUACUGACAGAAAACAAGAUGCUAUAUUUUUUAAUUGAGUCUGUGGAGAAUCUGUUUCCCUUUGUUUGAAAAAAUUGAAAAAUGGCCUAAAAUUAUAGUUUGACUCCUUCUGUAACAGAUGCUAAUUUUUCAUCAAGAUGUUUGAAAAGAGAGGGUUACUGAAUCUUUGGAAUCAAUAAUGUCCUUGCCGUAAAAGAAUGAAUAAUGUCUGACUGCCCUGAAUGAUAUUUUGGGAGCUACUGCACUACCCUAACCCUGAGAGUACCAAUGUCAACUGGGGAUAGGUGUGUGUCAUUAAUGUUCUUAAUGUUUAAAUCAAAAUUGUGAACACCAGAAAUCUUUCUUGAAUGAUUUUUCGUGUUACAGUGGGACCUGGAUAUAUUAAAUGAACCUCUAUAUAACAAGGUCCUCGCUAUAGCGAACAAUUUUCUUUACCCCAGUAAUAAUAAAAUUUAUGAAAAAGAACCUUGAUAUAAGGAAACCUCGGCAACGUGAACAAAUUUUGUUGGUCCCUCCACCCUUUGUUAUAUUGAGGUUCUACUGUACAAGGAAAGAGUCAAUCAGGCCUGGUAAGGAAAGUAAAGGGCAAAUAGCAACAGUGAUUAGUCUGUGCUUUUGUGAUUUGUUUGCUUGUCCUUAAAAUCAACAUUCUUGAGACCCUGAGGAGGGUGGGGGGUACUUUAGGAAUGUCUGGGCAGGGAUGACAAUCCUCCAAGUUGCGACCAUUUUGGUUGCCAUGGCGCCUAAAAUUUUGGAGCUGGCGACUUGAUUUGUAAAAUGAUCUCCCUAAACCAAAAGAGUUGGUUGCCAUAUGGCAACAAAGCAAAAACUUUAACUUCUAGGGUUGGAUGAAAUGCAGGGACCUGGUAACCCUUAAAACCUAUACCAUACUUAGUUGGGCUGAAUUUUGCUACACAAAACUAGACAAAACACACAAAAUUUCUCCCUAUCCUAGUGUUGCUAUUUUUUAGAAAUUACUGAGGUUGGUGCUCUCUUUGCUAUUAAACUGAUUUGUGGGGUAGGAUUUGCUGAUUUCAUUUUUACAAGUGUCUAUUCCUGAUUUCCCAAAUGUAGGCUAAAAUUGGUGUCACCCAAUAAUAUUAUUGAUCAGUUUCCUGGAAAAAGAUUCCUUAUUCUAAACCCAAGCUCUCUGAUUUUUAUACCCUAUCUCAGACUAGGGGUACUUGAAAACCAUACCCUUUUACAGUGGCACAUAUCUAUAUAUGCCCAGUGUUCUCACCAGGAUUUUGCCUUGGGGAGUCCCAGGGCCCCCUCUUCUGAGAAAUAGGGGCCCUGUAAGAACAUUAGGGGGACAAAGUUACUCGUGUCAACAAAAAACACGCGGUACGAAGAACCUGAGCCCACACUCCAAAUUGUCUGUUACAUGAAGUACCUACCUGAUCCAAUAUGGUGGAAGAGGUGUUUACGAUUCGGAGGAGGAGUUUACGAUGUAGUGGGACGUGCGUGGGACCAAUGAAAGUAAAGGCAACAAAAUUAAAGACUUUGAAUCAUUUGAUAUCAUGUUAUUUAUUUAUUCAAACAAACAGAAUGCUUUAGUGUUAGGUUGACCAUUAAAACUACUUAAGUCCGUUUGACUCGUAGGUUGCCCCUGCACCCUAAUGGGUGCAUCUUCUUGGUUUUAAUGCGCCAUUUCAGUUUUUCUUGCGGGAAUCCUGCAAGGCUGCGGCCUGGUGAGAACACUGUAUGCCAUAUACAGCAGUAAUCUUUUGAGACUGCCUGUGACUGUUUUUGAGAAAAUAGAGUUGAAAACAUUAUCUUUGUUUGGGCCCAAAACAAAAUACUUACAAGACUUUGGGAAGAGGUGAAUCUAUAAUAAUAAUAAUAAUAAUUAAGAAUUUUUAUUGCGCAGUUUUCAUGACGAGAUGAUCAACUGCUCAUUUAAUACAACAAUACACAGAAUAAAAUAACUAAAUGAUAAAUAAGAAUUACAUCAUGUGUUAUAUAAUAUCAAAAAACCUAACUCAAAGAAUAAAACGCCUUACUAAUAGGUAUGUCUUUAAAAGUUUUUCUAAAAAUAAAUAAAAAUUACAUAAAUAAUAAUAAUAAAUCUAUACUAUCUGUACAAGAUGCCUGUUAGCAUUAAGGUUCACACUGUUAUACACUGUUUUUAUGCUAGAGACCUUAAAGGGGCUAUGACACAAGGCUUUUGCUGUUUUAGUUCAAUUCUGUGCUGGAAUCAUUAUACCUUUACUUACAUGUAUAGAAAUUAAUGUUCCUGUGGAGUUGUGAAGAUGAUUAUGAAACAAAUUUCAUUGGGGAGCAUUAACCAUAAUAAAAUGUUUUGGUGAUUUUUGCAGGCUCUUUAGAACUUGAAAAGGUUGGCCCAACUUUUUAAAGUUUUAAUCCAUGUCCAUCUUUGCCAUGUGUUGCAACAGACGACAGUAAACAGUUUCAAUGCCCAGAUAUGGUCUUAAAUAAAAAGACUGGAGCAUUGGUUUUGAAAUUCAGUUGACGUGAAGAAGAAGACUUUAAUGUCAAAAGCUGCAAAUAAAACAGACAUACAACAUCUGACUGGGGUACAUUUAUACCCAACUGAACAACAACUAGAGCCAACUGGGAAGAGUAAUGGCUCUAGUGUAAAAACAGCCACUGAUACAUGUACUAACCAUCCUUGGCAUCCUUAAGAAUUUAAAUCUCCUUAUUUGAUCUUUUUUUAGUUUGCAAUUUUGUGAGUCAUGAGCGUUGCAUGCAGCUUGUUGUAACUCCUUGCAUUUCCAUUGCAACAUCUUUGGUUAAGGUUAGUGAAGAUACUUUUUUUAUUUUUGUUGAGGUGUGAUGUGAUUUCAGGAGAGAUAGUUUUAUUAAAAGUGAUAGAUAUAUACCUACAAUGGGAGACAAAUUUGUUGACACACUGUCCUCAAAGGGGGUAAACUUUGGAGAACAAAACAAUCCACACCAGUUCCCUCUCCCCUACAUUCAAAGUUGAGGAGUCUGCAGUAGUUUCUUACAGGCACAGUAGCUCGAAUAGCAGCACACCAUUCAAUGGUGGGGAGGGGAGGGAAAUCCCUCAGUGAAAGGCCCUUUAGGACAUAGAAUCUCAACUAAUAGUUACUUAUUCCACAGGAACCCGUAGCACACAGUUGGAGUGGGCCUUCAUUUUAUCGAAGGCGAUUCUGCUGCGUUUGUAGGAAAAGACUUGAAGAACAUGCAGCAUUUAGAUGUCAAGGUUAGUCAAGAUAUUAAUUUAAGCACAAACAACCCCUUAAACAGGUAACCUUGUUCUACUUACGCACAGUGCCUGCAGAAUGUAAAUAAAAAAUGAUCUCGACAUAUCUUUUUGAUGGCCAAUUCAUGUGGCAAGGAUGUUUAAAACCUCUAUGCAUUUUCACUUGCUCUCUGCAUUACCAGCAAAGAUCUCAUGAAGUAAAGAAGCAAGCAUAAAAUAAAGAUUUUCACCCUUAAUUAUAUCAGACAGUAUCAUCACUGGUUAUAUACAGUUGUAUUGUAUAUCUUACCCCUGACAGCCCUGACCAUGGAUAGUAAUUAAAUUGUACAAAAUAAUAAGUGAUAAUUUUCAAGCUGGGGAUCUAGAUUACUUACUAAAAAUAUCCUGAAUUUUUUUAGUUUGUGAUUAUUUUACUCAUGAAGACUGUAAGGAGUUUAGUGUCAGUGACUGCAAGAAAUGUGCUUCGUAUUCUCCACACGUUCCCAAGGUAAUUUGCUAAAACGUUGUGAUACACUGUGAUGUUUUCUUCUUUUAAUGGUAUUUUCCUAUGCAUAUUUCAAGGAUGUGUGUUGCACUUAAGUAAACAUUGUUAAGUGCAGGUGCAAAAUCUGAAGACCUUUUUUAAUGUUGUGGGGAACAUAACCUACAGUAAUCAGGCGUUUUUCUCAUUUUUGAGGAGCUACCCCCCUGUUACAGUGCUCCAAGCUUUACUUAAUUUUUUCAAAGUCACCUUGUGGUGACCUAACCUUAUAAAAUGGUCACCAGAAAAAAGGGACACUUUGAGCAACACUACAUGAGCGUUUGAAAGAAUCAAAAUGGCUGCCCAACUAUUGCAAUCGAAUUUGAAGGCGCACGGGACAUCUCAAGGUGUAAAAUAACCAGAGAACCAAGCUGAAAAUAAGAAAAUUAUUGAGAAAAUAGAGCAUAAAUGAUAUUUAAUGCAAAUUUCUAUCUCUCUUUAACUUUAAAAGACCAUAAACUCUUACUACUAGAAAAAUGCAUCUCACAAAAUUUCGGGAAUUUCUUGGGAAUAGCUUGGCACGUGAUCGCUGAACACAGGUCACCAAAUUGGCGACUUUCAUGGCAAUUUUAGUUGCCAAAAUGUUUUUCACUGCUAUUAUAAAAAUGUUAAGAAUCGGUUAGUGUCACCCUUAUUGUUUUACUUUACUCCAACAGAAGUUAAUUCAGCAAUCUCACCACUGGCGAGAAGGAAACAUAUCUCCAAGUGCAAAGUGUGCAUACUGUAAAAGAACUUGUGGAAGCAUUGAAUGUCCAGCAAGUAUGAAAUGCAGCUGGUGUGGACAGUCGGUGGGUCUUUGCUUUCCUGGGUACUAUUCUUGAGAAAGGGACAGGUGUCAUGUUAAUGACAGUUGUUGUGUAAAAUUGUGAAACCUGCGGAGCACUUAAAAGUUCUUAAGAACUCGCUGAAACAUGACCCUGUGUUUGAGAUUGGAAUUUGGAAGUUUUAGUUUUCAACAAGAGUAGAAAAACGGAGAACCAGGUGACAAACCUGUUGGAGCAAGUGAGAGAACCAAUUAACACCCAUAUCUGUCGGAUGUGGUAGCAUGUGCUUCACCAGCGUAUGGUACCCUUGUUUUGAAAUGUUUUCUUAAGAUGUAGUGAAGGAGAGGCGUUAUUUGAAUGGAGUGCAUUGUUUUAAGAGACCAGUGUCUCGGGGAUAAUAAAUUUAUACUUGGUUUUGUGGGAAUAAAACAAAGAAAGGGCCAGCUCUUAUUAUUUUAUCCCUGAACCUCACGGUGAUAUCUUCUGUUUUAUUUGCCCAAGCCUUGAAUCUAAGAGUGAAUUUAAGUGUAUUGAAAUUACUUGAAAGUUCACUGGUAGUGGCUCUAUUUGGCAGGUACAUUAAAACACAAGUCACAGGUCACAAGUGGAGGUUACUGCUCUAUUGUUAAAUGACUGACUAGAUAAACACUUUUCUAUAUUGUGAUUAGGGCUAGAAAACUCUUGUACUGUUGUUUAUUUACUGAAGCAUGGUGAGCUGGCCCCAGUUGCUUGAAAGCAGGAUAAUGCUGUCCACCGGAUAAAUCUCUAUCCAGAGGAUAGUGCAAUUAGUUUCCCUAAUAUCUAUCUGGUGGAUAGUGAUUUAUCCACCAGGGGCCGGUUGCUCGAAGCCUGGUUAGCGCUAACCGUUGGUUAAGAGGUAUCAAAAUGUAUAGGUUUCCAUGGUAUUUAACGCUGGUUAGCACUAACCAUGCUUCGAGCAACCUGGGCCAGAUAGAUUUUUGAACAACCGGGGCCUGUACUCUAACUUGCUCUUGUGACCUGUGCUUUGUGCCUGAGCACUAUGGCUCCACUUCUAAUUACUACUCUGGGAAUAGGAUGGAGAUUCAUUAAAAUGCAGUCGGUGGCCCCAGGUCAGGGCUGCCGGGGGCUGGGGAUUUUCCCCGGCUACUUUGAGUGUGGCUGCCGCCUACUUUCAUUUGGAAAAAGGAAGAAAAAUAGAACCAAAAGAAAUCCCUAGAUGUUUGAUUCCUCGCCUACUUUUUGUAUUUACGUGGCAACUUGACUCUUAGUGACAACCCUGCCUCUGGUCUGUUGUUGUCGGCAACUGGGAAAUAGUGUAAGUGAAGGACUUUCUUGGGAUGCCGUUACUCUUUCUUUUGUUACUGGUGAUAGUAGACAUGCCAACCUCUGGAGACCUAAAAUCGGCAAACUGUCUUUUUUUCUUCCCCCCCCCCCCCCCCCACUUCACCACCCCCCCCCCCCACCCUCCCCCCCCCCCCCCCACGUCCUGACCUUAUGAACCAUAUUACUUACUCCACUAUUUCCAACUACCCAUAAUACAAAGACUAUUCAACACACUUGACAUUACACUCCUUUCCUACUCUGCGCGGCGUAUAGCUAAAUAGUGUAAAGGAAGGAGUUUCUUUUGGGGCCUUUUGUCUUUCUUUUUUUUGUGGGGAUAGUAUGGAAGGCAACCUCCGGGGGGCAAAAUUUUGGAAAAUUUCUUUUUUUCUUUCCCCCCCCCCCCCGGAAUUUCAACGACCCCCUGCCAAAAACUUGACCCAUCCCCCAAUGGGAAUGACUUAGGACAUUAUAUGACGUCUUACAUGAUGUACAUACUAUCAAAAUUCGAAAUCUUUGUCAAUGACUAAAGACGUGCAAAAAUGCCCCAAAAACCGUACUGCGAAUAAGAAAAAUUCAAGUUUUGAGCUAAAAAUGGGCUAAAUCUCAAACUAUGUCUGUUUUAUUUUUUACUAAGUAUUCAAUAAUUAUAGUGGACGUAAAAAGCGGGAGAUUUAUGAACCAAGGCGGGAGAGCGGGAGACGAGGCAAAAAUGCGUAAGUCUCCCGCCAAAAGCGGGAGAGUUGGCAUCACUGUGAUAGGUCCUUGGAAUGGUGCCACUUGAGAGUAAUUGAAGAAUUUCGUUAAGAUACUUAACUAUCUUGGGUAGUUUUAUAUAGUCCCUGGCUAGCUAUAAGUUUUAAUGUUUUUCUGUUUAAUAUUCACACAGGCUCACAGCUCAUGUCAUUUAAUGUUGCCUAAAGAAUGUGGAUUUGGUUAUCUUCACAAGCUUGUGCUGCCUCCGUAUGCUGUAUCAAUGCCAAAUUUAACUUUGUGGAGUUCCUGUUCUCAGAAACGAAGUAGAACUGCUACAUUAGGUUGUUUACAUUUUUUGUUUACUUACAACACAAUGAUAUAUUAUAUUUAAAUUUAUGAACUAAUUAAAAGGUAUUGAAGGUACAAAGUAGAACCUGCAUGUGAUAGAUCAACUGUUCUACUAUGAAAUUCUUUAAAUCACUUCGAUAACUCUAUCCUUAAAUUGAAACCUACAGUGUACAUGAUAUAAAGAAAGUAAAAAAGAAAAGAUUCAUUUUUGUUUGAUUUGUAUCUAAAUCAGUAUUUUUUGGUGAAAAGAUUGGACUAAUAUGGAAUGAAAAGUUGACUUUGGCCACCUUCGAUUUGUGUGACAAAUUGUAACACUGACACCGUAAAAAGCAGGAAAAAUGGUACAGUUAAUCAAAAGUGCAAGUCAAUUAUUAUUUUUUUGCAUGUCAAAGAUGUAAUACUUUCAACAAACAUUGUUACCCUGAUUUUGAGAAAAAAGCCGACUGUUUUGCAGUCUAACAAUGAAGAACUUUGCUUUGCCUUUGACUUGAAACAAUGUUCCUAGCACCUUUGACAAAUUGUAAAUUAUGCAAAGACAGCCUUUACCAUCAAGAAUUAUUAUGCCAAUGUAGGGGAAGUAAAAGUAGCCUUUAUGACCUGAGACCAAUGCAUGACAUACAAUGUAGCUUGACAGUAAUGUAAAUUGAUUGAUUAAUUAAAUCCAUCACUUUGCUUGUGAAUGAUGGGUACAGAUCAUCAUAAUUUGUACGUUGCAAAGAGUACUAACAGUUAUACAUUACCAGAGAUACCAACCUCUGGAGAUCUAAAAUCUGGAGACUCUAUCUCUUGCACUAACCCCCUCCCUAAAUGUCCACAAACCCCACCCCCACCCCACCCCACAAAUUGACUCAACUGUCAGGGAAAUGGUUUAGAACAUUAUAUGAACUCUUACAUGAGGUACAUACCAUCAAAAUUUGCAUUCAUCAUUGUAAUGACGAAAUAGCCUUUGUGCUAAAUACUUGCAAAAAUUCCCCAGAAAAAAAAAAGUAGGCUAAAGUCCAAAGUAAAGCACAGAAAUACUCACCAGUCGAUUUAUUCCGGGAGAUUUGGUGACCCGUAUGGGAGAGUGGGAGAUGGGUGCUGUAUCCAGGAGACUCCUGGAUAAUCCGGGAGGGUUGGCAUAUAUGCAUUACCUACAUAUUUGUCAGUUUUACAUGUAACAUGUUGGAAAUUUGUUGUUUAAUUAUUUUGGCAGGAAAUUCAGAUGAAGAUGAUGGCAUAGUUCCUGAUGAUCCCAUGCAGAACACAGACAAUACCAGCAACUUAAACUGUGACUCUGGUAGAUAAUAAUCCAUAAUUUCAAGAUAGCUAGGUUUUUACUAUGGGUUCCCUGGAUGACUGUUCAUGAGUAGGGUUUCCUCUUCGCUGAUUGUGACUUCGGCCUUUGGCUGAAGAUCUCUCGGCCUCCAACACUGAAACAUCCAGCUGCAAACGAGCGUGAAAACCUCUGGUACCCAGGGACUGGGUACUAGGUCUUUGGUUUACCCAUGCAAAACAAAAUUACCCUCCUUAACUUUAUGCUCAAGGAAAACGUAUCUUCCAUGACAGUGCAUUUGUGAAAAUUGUGAUAACUCAGCCUCCAGGUAAUUAUUCCUGGACUAUAAAUUUGGCUAGGUUUUCAGUUAAAUUUCUCAUACUGAGAUACUCUGUAUUUGCCAUCUUUAACUUUGAAAGUACUUUGCAGUACAAAAUGUAGAUAUUGGAGAUCGGAAUUGUGUUCAAUAGUGUGAGUAUAAGACAAAAGGUCAAGGACUUUUGCAUCACAAACGAGUGAUUCUAUGGUUGAUGCUCUUUUUUCAGAUAAAACUAUUUUGAAGAUUUAUGAUGGUGAAGUAGCAGAUCCAAGACUUUGCAAAAACAUCGAAAUUCCAAGAACUGCCCAGGCUAGCAAUGUUCUUGUAAGUAUUGCAAAGAUUAAAUAACAGCACCACAGGAAAAUAGUCCUCAGUAGCUUUCAUUUGAAUGGUCAUACCAUAGGAAUUCAUCCACUGUCUCAAAAGUAAUAUUGUAGUAUAAAUUGUCAUUUGUUUACCAACGAACCACCCAGGAAUCUUAAACACACGUUCAAACGUGUCCGUGCUCACGUGUGCUUUACGGAUCGAAUUGGAAUUUGGAAAUGUUGGUUUUUGAGGAAAGGGGAAAAGCGGAUUAGCCGGAGAAAAACCUCUCGGAACAAAGGAGAGAACCAACAACAAAAUCAACCCACACAUGGUGUCGACGCCGCUUUAAUGUAUAUUAGUUAUAACUAACGUACGCUAAUACGUGUCUGCGUAUUUGAAAUGUACCAUGGCUCCCGGGGUCCUUUCUUGAAUAUCUAGAUUAAACUGUAUUCAUGUUUUUUAAAAAAAGAUGCUCUCUGCGUUGUUGUAGUUUCACUCUUAAUUUUCACAUGAUUUAGCAAACAAAAAUCUCUGGCAUGCGUAUUUUGGAUAUAACGAGGUGUAAUUAUUAGUUAUAUCACUCAUUGAAUUUAUUAAUCGAAGAAUAAAGUCAAAGUUGUCUUUAAUAGCCUCGUCUUUUCCUUUCUCUUCACUGAAGUGCCUUCCACGCAGGAUUUUGUUGAAGACGUGUAUUUCACACAUUGCUGUGUUUUACAGCAUUCAGUAAUAAUUUUUUUUUCUUGACGAAACUUUCAGGAAGAAGCAUUAAAAAAGUUUCAUAUCACAGACGACCCUAAAAAUUACUACCUUGCAAGGGCCCUGGAUCAAGGUAUUGAUAGCAUGCUUUAAUUUAACUAUUCUUCUUCUAGUAAGAGUUUAAUAUGGCGUGGAUUCCGAUCCAGAUUUGUUAGUGAAAAGGAUCCUGCGGGGAUUUUACUUCGACUGGCCAGGAUCUGACCCCAGCUUCAAACCCUUUACCCUUCUGUUUUGCCCUUUUGAAAAAGUUAUUUAUGUUAAAUUUGUUUUAUACAAAACACCUAAGAACCACGAUCUCGUUUAACUCCUGCUUGUGCGUUACAGAAUAAAGUGGAAAUAAUGAUUGUUAAGGACAAAGGAAAACCAACUAGGUGAGGUCUAGAACAAGGAUUUUGGUUCUGUUUCGCAGACGGGCUUAACCAGAAUUUAGCUUCGUCUGUGGCGCAGGCCAUUAAGAAUCAAAGAGCGCAAAAAUAUAUCAGUUUGGCUACGCUUCGCCACGUGCAGUAAAAUAGGGCCACACCUUUUUGAGGGUGCUGGUGAUGUGGGGUUUGUUCAGUUGAUCUAUUGACGCCAUUUUAAUCAUUUUUUUAUGUUUGUUUUUCACUAAAAGAGAAUGAACGUGCACUAGACCCUGACGAGAAGCCUCACCAGUUCACAGAAAAUAAUUCUCCAAAACCACUUAUCUUUCUCAGAAUGAAGGUAUAUUUUGAUAUUUUUUAUUUUAAUUCUUUCUGUGGCUCUGUUUUCAAUUAUUCCUCGACUUGUACAUGACGUUAUGUUUUGUGCUUUCGAACUGAUUAAAUAUGCCAUUUUUGAGUUCUAAAAGCUCUCUCUUCCAAAACGAGGCUACGGUAAGCGCAAGACUUUUUUUGAAAAUGAGCCUUAUUUGCAUGAAAAUAAAAACUUGGGCAACUCAGAAAUGGCCUAUUGAACUGUUGAAUAGCCCACAAAAUUUUCUAACAUCACUCCGAUGGUUUUUGGCCAUAUUUCUAUAUCUGAUUUGGUUUUCUUUGUGCUCAAUCUCUUCUGUGAGUUGCAAGACAAUGGAGUCUUGAAAAAUUUGAAAUUUUUUCCCCAAAGCCUCCCAUUCUUUUUAGAAUUAUGAUUAUCGAACUUGGGCUAUACUCUCCCCCUAGGAUCGAUAAAAAAUAAUUAUGUGUAAUUCUUUUUCAGAGUGCUGAUAGAAGAAAAGGGUACAUAAGAGUUUAUCCUGGAAUGAUAAAGUGAGUUUGGUGAAAUCUCAAACUAAAAUGUGAUGACAGGACGAUUUCUAACGUUCAACCUUGCUUUUAAUAGCAACUGAGCGAUUUCCGGAGAUUUUUACCUGGUUCCACUUAAGCGGAGUUUUUUUUCUUGUCACGUCUAUGAAACGUUUUUUUCAACACGUCACGUUUUUUUUCUUGUCACGUCUUUUCGUGUAAAAGAAACACGAAAGUUGUGGACGAUUUGUUGACUGGCACAAUCUCUUCGGUAAGCGCUUCGAGACUCGCGCGCGCGCACACAAGACGUGGCGGAUGACUGGAAACAAGCAAAGCGCCAGUCAUUUUACCCGCUGUUCUUUGGGCAUAGUGAGAGGUGUCUGGGUCAGAGGUUGCCUUGUCCCUGGGCUUCAUUAUUCUGCGCGGCCUAUGGAUUUCGGGUCGCUCGGUCCGAGCGAGUUUGCUGGGCCGUUUGUCUCAGAUUCGUCGCCGAAAUGCAUUGACCGAGAAGUCGUGGUUAGACGUCGUAUAGCGACUAGGUAAGGUCAGAGGGAGGGUCAGUUUUGCUUUUGCCUUCCGUCAUUUUUACCGCGGUUUGAUGUUGUUUUUACAGUGUAUCUGCCAUGUUUAAGACGAUCCCUGUCACUGCUAUCACAAGAGUAACUGAUGUUAUUCAAAUUGCUUUGGAGAAAUUCGGACUUAAGGUAUGAAGUUUAGCAAUGAACGCUCGGUCUUGUUACACGUGAAUUAGUCACGUGACAACAGAUGAUUGAAAAUCGCGGGAAGUUCAUAACCCCCAGCUCUAUUUAGGAUUGGAUGCUGGCGUCUGAUAUGUAUGGCCUCCUUGGAUUUUGUUAUGAUGUCCACCGUCUCCUGGUCAAGGAUCUUGACCCUCUCCCAGUCGAUCUCAUUGUUUGCUUUGGAUUGGUGUUCCCGGGUUGCGAAUGUUGUUUUGUUUUUGGUGUCGCACAGUCUCUUAGGAUGAGGCACCCGUAACAAUCCCUAUAUAACGAGCACCCUGGUAUAACAACAGACAUUCUUCACCCAAGUUGCAGUAGAAUGAAUGGAACAGGUUAUCAAUAUGACAUGCAGUGUACCCAAUUAUUUUGGGUUCCUUUAAAUGGAGGGUUGUGCUAUUACGACCAGACUUCUGGUAAUCGAGUUCACAUCCGUUUAACGUAUCUCGAUAGGAUUUCCGUUAGACGGGUCGAAUUCCAUUUCAAGACACAACUGGACUCAGUUCGUGUGUAUUGGACAUGUGUGACCAGAAACUCACAAGGGGUUGAAGCGUGUAACUCCGUAUGAUGCUCUUGAAUAUUCAUUUUUGCAAGUGCCAUAUUUGGAACGAGCAGAAAAGAUAACUGACCAAUCAAACCUCGUAAACGACGUGACGUUAUUUUACUCGUCACUUAAAAGUGAAUUCGCGCUGCUUACGAGUUACACUUUUCAACCCCUUAUGAGUUUCUGGUGAGACUAAAUGACUGUUCUUAUUUUUCAUUAGGACGCAAAUCCGGACGAUUUUUCUCUGACAGAAGUUCACUUGAAUUAUGGAGGUAAUAGAGGCUCGUCUUUUUGUCCUUCUAGUGUAAAAUUAUCAGCUUUCUAUCAUGCCGCGAUACAACCCCCGGGGAUGCAACUAGCCCGCAAGCAAGCUCUCCAUUUUUGGCGACAACCUCGUUUCCAGGGUUCUCUCCUACCCGUCACUACUCGACGAGUAGGAGAGAGAACCUGGGAACGAGGUUGUUAUGGCGAGUGAAGUGAGCUGCGAGAGAAAGCGCGAGCGAGCGGCGGAGCCGCGAUGUUUGGAGGACGCAGUCGCGUCUCUUUUUGCGUGCAGCUGUCGCGCGAAUCCUCUCAACUCCCCUGCUUCCGGGCUACUAUACAACUGCCACUUGCCUAUCCAGCGUGACGUUUUGCUUUAUUUUUAACGGAAAACCAAACAAAAAAACACGUACAAGGCGCCUGGGUAUAUCAUCUUUCUCGCUCUGGCUACAACUUGUUUUGUUAUUCUCAAACAACAUUUCAAAAUAUUUAAUGUAUAAUUUUGUACUAGUUAACUCCUGUAAGGAAGAAGCUCUUAAUCGUUUUAAUAAAAGUUUUAGUCUUUAAACACUAAGUUUGAUAACAAAUUCGUUUUCUUGCUGUUGCAGUUGUGAAACCUUUUACAAAUAAUCAAGCUAAACCCACGAUAGAUACAAGCGUUGGUAGGCUUAAAAUUCUGACUUUUCAACGGUUAAAAAUAAAGAAAUAAACUAAAUGAAAAUAAAUGAAAAACGCCAAAUAAUUUUCAUAGGUCAGUCUUCUGUCAGAGAAGACACACCGAAAACAAAAACAGCUAGGGAUUACAGUUAUCUCGUUAUGGUCUUAACCUUGAGUAUUUUAUCGUUUUAAGAGAUUUUUUGCUAUGGCCUGAUCAUGUAAAAAGCUUCUAUUCAACAUAAAAUAACACGCUAAGGGACUAACAUUGUAAGAAGUUAAGAAAUUAAACGUUCAGGUUUUGGAAAAAAUUUAGAAAUACCAUCUUGCAAAUGCACCACAUUUGACACUGAAUGAGUUGGAGUAAUCGUGAUGAAGAUUGAAAGAACGCAAAAUUACUUUUUAAGAGACGUGGCCCGUUUUUGCUGCUGUCGCCGGCCUCGGAUCUUAAGGCCCCUAACAUUGGGGAGGAUGACGUUGUCUCUUUCUUUAUCUUUUUAAGUUCAAGAACGAAGAAUGGACCACAAUGACUGUCCGUGGAAAACUCUGGUGGAUAUAAGAAAGGUAUGUUUAUUUCUAUCUUCCUGUCGUGGACCUUAGUCUCGGUGGUUUAGCAGUUAAAUAUGGCUUAGUAUGUUUUUGUCUGUGAGUGAAGUACCCUUAUUGCUGGUUUUCACUGAACGCCAUCAACUAUAAGAAUCAAAACCGUUCGACAGUUUAAGUCCAAAAUCUGGGAAAUGAAAGGAGGUAAAUAUGCAAAGUCCCUCACCAAGAUUCAGGGUAGUGCAAUUUUUCAGAAGCAAGAUAUUCGGAUAAUUCAUUUGCCCAAAUUUAUGGAGCUUUGUUUGGAGACGCCAUGUUGGAUGCCCAUCCGAAUAGGCACUAACAUGGCGGCCGGAAACCAACAGAAACAGUUGUUAUGGAGUUUUCCUACUAAAGCGUGAAUUCAUUCUCGGGGAACUCAUAAACAUAAAAGUAAUACUUUUUUUAAUACAACUGUUCCGAUAGCAAAAUCCCCCAAAACAGGUCAUUUUUUUAACCCUCACGACAGCUCUCUUGGCCGCCACGUAAAUUCCGCGUCUCGCAAAAGCUUAGAAAUUCAAGCGCACUCUAUCCCUAUUUCUCGAGCCGUCGGUUUUUCAAAAUUCCGGAUAAUUCUAGCUAAAAAUAACUUCCCUUUACCAGACAAACACUGUAAUUAUACCCCCGAUUUUUCAAACCUCAGCUUCUCCCAGUAAGAGUGGCUAAAAAAAUCGGGAUUCCAUAGUAUUUUUUUUGGCCUGCUGAAUUUUGCCAUCUGGUUUAACCGGCGCCUUACUCGUUCGCUUGAAAUGUUCAUUUGAUAAUAAUAUAGUCUUUAUCUCUUCUCACUGUACAGAAAUCUAUAAGAAAAAUGAAACUGACGAGAUUUUAUUUACGUCAAAACCUGGAACCCCUGGGAAAUGUUUGUAUUUGCGUUGGAGGUCUUCCUACUGGAUUAGAGUCCACCAAAUAUCAAGACCUUUUAAGUGAUAUAUUGGGCGAAAGUAAGUGUCCGCUAUUUAAAGUAAGUGUAGCGAGACUCAGAUAGCCAAAUUCUUGUCUUUUCAUCUUUAAAUUUCCUUCUUGAUCCGUUAUCCUUUCACUCUGAGUGUUAUAAGUUAUCAUCUUUAUAUUUUUUGCAGCGGUACAGUAUUGUAAAAUGAAAAGUGUGUUUGCAAGUUAUGGUGAGUCCUACUGCCAUUUUCUAUCAUGAUGCAAAGAAAACAUAUUGAAAUUGAAAUGCAUUGAAAACUGCAUUAAGCAGAUCUAUAAUAUUAAGCGGACAGCCCGUUACAUUCAGGACAUACGAACUAAUUCUGAAGCUAUCCACCAGUCAUUGUUUAACGCAAUGAAGUUUUUCUUUACUUUAUAGGCAUGUUAUUUGUAUCUUUUCCCGCGGCUGAUGUAGCAGCAGAUGCUGUACAUAAAUUAACAAACUCUACGGUGGAUAGUAAGGAACUGUUUAUAAAAGUCCUGCCAAACAUUCAUGUAAGUAGCAAUUCCAAUGCUGCUUUGUUUAUUAAUGUUUAGUAGUAUUUUAUACAAUCUGAGGUUAAUUCUACGUGCUUUAAUUUUAAUGAAUCAUUCAAAAAUGAAGUUAGAUUCACGAGAACGCGGUCUUCAUCUGCUUACUUUUACCUGGUUUACUGUGCGUCAGAUCUAGGAAAAAUUAAGAUUCAGUGAACAGUGAUUUACCACCCUGUACCCUUCCCCAUCUCUCACCUUCUCCUUGUCAGAAACGACUUUAUCUUUCCCGAGAGUUUCUAAUGUAUUUAUAGGAAGAGCGUAAUGUCGAAUACACUUUUAUCAGUGAUUACUCCAAGUUUAUGAUCUUGGGUAGAAUACAGCUCACAUCAUGCAGAUUUUUUUUUCUCUCGGCCAACGUGGUAGGCAGUUUUCAUAGUAUAGACUAGAUGUUUGCGGACUAAGCAUGGGAAUGGCUCGUCAAAAGUUUUGGAUUUCGGUGGGAAAUGCUCCUAUUGUUCAGCUGAUUGUUGAGUAUGAGUGAACAAAGUUACUCGCAAGUGAAUAUCAAUUUUCUCUUUCUUCUUGCAGCCUGAAAUGUUCCCCCUUGAUAGCCAGCCCCUGUUAGUACUAGUCAAUACAAAAAGUGGUGGUGGACAGGGGGCCGAUAUGCUAGCAGCUUUUCAACGGUUACUUAACCCGUAUCAAGUCUACAGUCUAUCAGAAGGAGGACCAUUACCAGGGUAAGUGAUGCGACGUAUUGUCAUCUCUGUUGAGUAGGAAGCUGGGGAUGGUGGAAAGGAUGAAAAUCUCCUUAGCCUUUCCUCAUCACCCUCGCGCGUGCUGCUUCACAGAGACAACUGACGUUUUUACUUCAGGGUUCGCACAGUCUUGAAAAGUCCUUGAAUUUUAGGGGAAGUCCUUGAAAAGUCCUUGAAUUCCAUUUUUCCUUGAAAAGUCCUUAAAGUUCUGUGCAAGUCCUUGAAAAGUCCUUGAAUUUUCUUCGACUUUGAAUGAAGUAGCCUGGAAAGAGUUUUUUGAUGCUUUUUGGUUGUCCAAGACACUAGACAGAAUAUAAAUCAUAGCUCAGAGAAUUUAAAGGUUAUUUACAUAAAGUGCUCAAUGUUUUAUGCAAUAAUUAACUAUCAAUUUAAGACAAGUGAACUGAAAAAUGUAGAGAAGUUGGUGAAGCAAACAGUUAAAGCCUUAAAGUCUUAUUAGAAUGGACUGGGAAUGUGCAUUUUUGUACCAUCCGGAAAUUAUAUCCCUAGUAAGUGGUCCCUGAAAAUCUAAUGUGGUCCUUGAAAAAUGGUUGCAAUUUUCUGUAUGAACCCUGUAUUUUAAUAGACAUGAGUUGAUCGCCAUGAUUUGUACCAAAGCAGUCCCAAUGCACGCAAGUAACCCAAACAAACAACCUACAGCCAAUGCAGAAUUUUCGUAAGGACUAGCAAAGACACACUCUAUUAGGCUCUUACUAGUCUCUCUUCCCUACAAACCCGGAGAAAUUAUCACUUUACCUGUGUCUGACAUCCCUUGCAGGGUGGGCUCUGUCGCAUUUUCUACUCUCCCCACUCCCCCUCUGCAUUCAAGAGCAUAGAUGGCGACUAGACGCGGCAAGAUCUGAACGUUCGCCCGCUCAAAAAAUCAGGCUAGUCUGAAUUAAGGGAAAAUACUUCCAGGGCAAAAUGACAGCCGUUCGUACUCUCUCUAAUAAAUAGCUAAAACUAUUUUGUGUCUUUUUCCCUUAAGGUUCUAUGCUUUUAGGUCCAUUCCAGAUUUCCGUAUUUUAAUAUGCGGUGGCGAUGGAACGGUUGGAUGGGUUUUAUCGUGUUUAGAUGAUGUUCUUCAAGAGCUGAAGUGUAAGAUGCCAGCCUCAGCGAUUCUUCCACUUGGAACAGGUGAGUCCGAAGUCGCGUUCACACAACAUAGCUUGCCGUAUCAAGAUGACGUUCUUCCGCCCAUGAGACCCUGAGUUAUUCUCUGGGCCGCGAAAAGUCUGCUUCUAUUUUAGAACCUUUCUUGUCCGCACAAGGUAACAAUUAGAGAAAAACAAUGGAAGUCACAAAGCAGAUUAUGAAUUCUGGAAUCGCUGUAUUGGAAUGCACUGUGUUAUCACUCAGGCCGAUUCCUCCUCCCGAUCGCUUCUACAGGGGCUGAAAUAUGUAACACUGCAAGAGAACUACUAGCUCGGUUUUCAAACGAGGUUCUUAAAGCACUGUCCGGCCAAAUACAGUAGCAGCUGACGUGCACGAUCAAUUCUUUACAGGAUUUGAUUUUAGUUCUGAUUGGUUGAGAUAGUGGCACGAGAAGCACCAGCCAAUCACAGAGGGUAGUGAUGCAAAACAAAUUCAGACAUCUAAAAAUGGCCAUCAAACUGAGUGAAAUAUAACAAAUGACUGAUUAAUACAUUUAAGCAACACGGCAAGUACAAAGGAAGGUACGGCUGGACAAAAUUGAACUGGAUUAAACGGACUGCAGUUUGGGUUUUAGAAAACUGUUCAACCUCUCAGUUUUUAAGGUUUAUCUCCUUUUAUGUCACAUUGAGCCGUAACGCCUGAGAUAUUUUUUUUUAUCAUGAAGUUUACGUUUAGUUAACGUAACAAAAUCUUCUAAACAACCUUGACACAGUCCCUUUUAGAUAAGGAAAUCUCUGUUAACCCUGUAAGCCCCAAUAGUGACCUACAUCUAAUUUCUCCCAACAAUAACACUGCCUGAUCAAACAGACAGGUCAUGAUAAUUAAUGAAAUAAUCAGCAAAGAUGAAAUGCUGUGAUGUUCGAACAAAUCUCAAGCAGUACCAUAAGGAAUGUAUGAAUAAAAGUGGGGAGAAGAUGCAUGUUGAUGCUGCGGCUUAAAGGGUUAACUAAAUAUUAGCUAAACUAUGAUCUACCUGUUAAAUUAUAAAAUAGGUAACGAUCUCUCUCGUGUUCUUCAUUGGGGUGGAGGGUAUUCUGGCAGUGAGAGUCCAGUGUCACUUCUUAUGGCCGUGGACCAAGCACAGGAAAAUCGUUUGGAUAGAUGGUGUGUGAUGUUUGAUGUAGCCGAGGCUAUUCCAGAUACGCUAUCAAAUGACAGUGCUAUAGGCUCUAUUGGUUGUAAAGAUGACGAUCCUAGUAUUUUUACCAUGAACAAUUAUUUUGGCAUUGGAAUUGGUGCGGAACUUUGUUUGGAUUUUCACCUUCAGAGAGAAGAAGCACCAGAUAAAUUCCAUAGUAGGUAAGUUGAUUAUGAUCCUAUUGGCCUUUUUUACGGUUGCGCUGGGGAGUGGGUCGGGGUUGUGUCGAACUGCAUUAUGGGACUGUUUUUUUGGGAAGAAAUUUUGACCCAUGAUCCUUUGCAACUUCGUAUUAGCCAAUGAAAGAAGCGAUAGUGUUCACAAAACAAUUCCAUAGUGCAACUUAACACAACACCGACUUUAUGUCACGUGCAACCUCAAAAUGCAAAUAUACAUUGGAGUGGGGAAGGGAGGGGAACGGAGCGGAGGGGAGGGGAGGGGAAGGAGGUAAAACCUUAUUAAACGAACACCAUAUGAAGUCCAUGUUUCUUGUUCCAAGGUGCGGGGCUGUUCACAAAGAUUUCAUCUGGCCUGGUAUAAGCAAUUCGUAGGCGGCUAAUUGAACGGUAGUCUGCUACACAGCCGUUUUUAGUGUCGUCACGCAACGCUCCUCCCAGUGGGGAGGAGCGUUGCGUGACGACUCUAAAAACGGCUGUGUAGCAGACUAAUUGAACGGCUGACUGGUGGUUGUCUUUCCCCAGGGAUACUUUCUUCAUAGUUAAGCUUGACACGAAUGAACUGAGAAGCACCUACUUUGGAUGUAUAAAGCGUGAUUUAGGCUUGGGGUUUGAGAUUCGGACGUCUGUAUUCGGCUCCAAAUAUCUUAAAGAUCUUUGAGUAUACGUUUAAGAAGGAAUUAACCACAAACCUGUUUAGUUUUAGUUAUACUUGAAUUUGAUUUUCUUUCUUUUGCUUACAACUCAGGCUUCAUAACAAAGGUGUUUACUUUAGAGCAGGACUGAAGAAAAUGGUGAAAGGUUAUUCAAGGACAUUCGUAAAUGAAGUUGAAAUUGAGGUGAAUUUUUUCGAAUUAAUAACGCUUAUAGUAGCAGUUUUAAUAUCUUAAAUCCAAUAUUUUUAUACCACUUAUUCACAGAAGAGUUAGUGAAAGUGAAAAUAACGUGAAAAUGCAACAUAGCUGUCCUUAUCAUUAAUUCCUGUGACUCGUUAAGCUAGUCAAGUCAUUUUCUGGUCAUUAUCUGGUCAAAAAAACGAAGAAGCUAAACUACCCAAACCACUUUUUUAUUACCAUUUGAGCAUAAUGCAGGCGGUUGAGGAGUGCGCAUGUGUUAAAUUAUCAGAGUUGUGGUUCAUAAUCUCAAUUUAUUGUUUCUUUCUGGCAAAUUACAACUGCCAGAUUUUCAGGGUACAUGCUUUACUUUUUCAGCACCCUUCUCUCUUUUUAUCACUGAAGAUACCCCGCUCCCACCCACCCCUCCCACCCACAAGUAGCCUGUGUGUCAGCUAUACGUGAAUCCUUGCUUACACUUUUUGUCUCAUUAACAUAUGUUUAUCAUUAUCUGAUGAAGCUAAUAAAAUAACAUCUCUGAAUGUUCAAAGAGCAUAAGUUAAACAAUUUCAGUUAUCUCUGAAAAUUUCAGGCCGAUUUACCGAAUAGUUUGGUAGAAAUUCUCUUUGAAAAACGCGAACGUUACAAAGAAUGUAUGGGCUCAUUAACUGUUUUUGCCACCCAGCAAUUUAGCAGUUUUUGUUAAUAAUUGCAAAGAGCUAAAAAUUGCACCAACUUCUCAAAUUGAUUAGCUCUUUCAACUUUUGAGUUUAAUUUGUACAUAUGGCGACAUCUUUUAUGGGUUAACUUGUAUGGUAAUGAGCAAAAAUGUAAUCAAUGACGUCAUCCUGAACGGACGUGAUUACAUCUUCCUUUUAGGUUGAUGGUAAAAAGCUUGAUUUACCAGCACUAGAGGGCAUAGUAAUUCUUAACAUUGGCAGGUAUGUACGGCUGUAAUUUAGUGAAAGUGGAACAUUCUCUUAAUUGUGGUUUUUAGUAACUGCGUUUGUUUGUUGUUGUGCGAAACCUUUUUUUACUAGGAACGUUGAAUGUCGUAUCAUUCAGCUCUAGAAAUUGAGGGCAAAAUACUAAAUUAAGAUUAUUUACGUGACAUUCAUUAAAAUUUUCCUGUAGUACUGGUCGUUAUGCUGCAAGGUGGCUAUGAACGUUUGAGUUUGUGAAUGAAACCGUAAUGGUGGACGUUCAAAUGAAAGCUUAGCCUGAGUAUCAGGCGUUUCUGGGGAAAAGGGGAAAGAUGGAAGCGAAAAAGGGAGAGAGGUGAAGGCCAUAGGAAGGCCUGAAACUCAGGCUAAUGAAAGCUACUGAGCAGUACUUUCCAGAUUGCUUCAUGUAAGGGUAUCCGAGACUUUCUUGGGUUCCGGAUUCCAGGUACUGGUUUCCAGUAUUUUUCAUUAGAACUUAUUACAUUCCAAUCGUAAGUGGGAUUCCAGAUUCCUUGAACUGUAUUUCGGAUUCAAAAGCCAAAGAUUUCUGAUUCCACAAGUGAAAAUCUUCCGAAUUUCGGAAUCCGAAGAGGGCGGGGGCAUAUUAACUUUCUUCCCCUGAAAAGGAAGGGCUCGUUAUAAAUGGGACCGGGGAGGGGGUGGGGAGCUUAAUAGAGGAUUUACUGUAUAUUCAUUUAUUUCUUACAGCUGGGGUGCAGGUACCGAUGCGUGGGGACCUGACAGAGAUGAUGUGAGUAAUUUACCUUGACUUAUGUAUCCCCCGUCCCCAGUGUUCCAGGAAAACCUGAAGUGACAUACCUUUCGAUUUAUACUUUGCAAGCUUCCUUUUUUUAACGUGCUUUUAAGGAGUACGUCGUCUUGAUCUACUACCAGGCUUUAUGUUGACACUGUACCAGAUAGCUUUUGCGCCGACACGAGAAUCAUACCGGAUAGGGAUUCUGUUCACAAAUAAGAAAGGUGAUAUCAGCGCGAUUUCUGUAACGGAGCGAAUCUGCGUUGCGCAGAUCUCUUAUGUGGAGAACCUCAUCUCGGAUAGUAUGCUGGAUAUAUAGCUAAUCGGUAUAUUGUAAACAUAGCCUGAGUUUUGUUGGUUUUUUGUUCUAGCGGGAAUAACAACCCAAAAAAAGUUCAGCCUUCCUUUCUAUUAUAGUCUAGUGAACACUUGCGUGAGAUUUAAACUGAUUGAGGCCACACAACCCGCUCACUUUUUCAUAUCAUACCCUUAAAUAUGGCGGCCUUAAUAUCUUUUAGUUGAUUUAUCACAAAAUAUGUGGCAACUUUUCCAGAGUUCCCUUUGAAAACAGUUCAUUUUUCGUGCCUGAGACCACGUGUAUGUUCGACUUGUGGAGAGUCCAAGCUUUUAUAAAAGCGCUGAUCGUGUAUCGCACAAAACAUCGUUAUAACUUUACUCCUGAUCUGUUUGUGCGGUUAAUAUUUUUCUGACAGGGCUAUGCACCAGCAUGUCACUGCGAUGGUAUCGUUGAGGUCGUUGGUCUUCAAGGAGUCAUGCAUUUGGUAAAAAAAAUGUUUUAUAUUAUUUUCUCCUUCACUUAUUGGUUAAAUCUGGUCAACAUUUGAUUAAGAGAAGAAGAUAGUGGGCUAGAAAUAAAACGAGCCAGGGUAGCUAUUAAACAAACGAGCAGGAUAAGGGGGUACGUUUAUUGAACGGUUUCAAACCUUUCCAGUAGAUUCUGUUUGUUCCUCUUAUACUUUAAAGCGUUUAGGUUAUUAUUUUCGUUGUACUCGGUUUUGGCAACCGUCAUGACAAAAAGUAUUGGUCGAGCCAGCCCGUCCUAGGCUCUCAGUUAGAAGAGACAAGCCAGACAAAAGGCGAGCGCGAAAAAGUUGUUCUCUCCUCACUCUCCGCUCGUUUUUCCUUUUACGCUCUUUUCAACUUCUUGCGCCCCAAAAUACAAAGUUCGUUAAAUUUCGCGGCAUUUUGGAGCAACAUCUUCGCUCGCUUUUUAAGUAUCACCUUUAAACUUGGUAAGUUUCCGCAUUUUAAGGCGCUCUUUCUAUCAGUGUCAAUUAAUAUUCCCUAACUGGUCUUUAUCAAAACUUGAAAAAACCGUGAACGGGUCUAUUCUUUAUCAGUUUAUGGCGAGAACAUUUUCAGAUAGGCGCACUGCACUAUGCACAAUGCCAUCCGAAUGUGUUGUAAGGGCUUUAUUUAGCGAGGGUUGUAAUUUUCAGGUUUUAGGGAAAACCGCUGAUGUGGCUCUUUCUCUACCAUCUCCUUGUCAUUUUUACCACAAAUGGCUGCUUUAGUCAAGUGUCUUCUUAUAAAAGGCGUCUGAGUAAGGUCUGGAAAACUUUAAAUGGGCAACAGCUCAAAACUCGCUUAUGCAACAAAUCUCUUUUAUAUAGGGUCAGAUUCAAAGUGGAAUAAGAACAGGGAUACGACUGGCACAGGGAGCCCAGGUAAUGAAAUAAGCAAUUCCUAAUGUUAUAUUUCUGUUAUGUUAGUUUGAUGUUCAUAAUUGGAGAUUACUGUAUAAGUACAUAAAUACAUUUAUGUUAGCCAGAGCAAUGUAACUUUUGUUGACUUUACAUGCACAUUGCUCUCACUGUAGAUUAACGUCAAAUUGAAAUCUGAGAUGCCCGUACAGGUUGAUGGUGAACCGUGGAUGCAGGGUGCCGGUCAUGUUAUCGUCAGACCCAUACUCACACAGGUAAAAAUACCUAACCAGAGAGGGGAGGUGUUUCACUGGCUAGUCCCGUAAAAGGAGUUUGUAUUCAAAAUAAUUGACUGUUUUGAAAAAUCGCUGAGCCAACCUCGCGUGCGUUAAAUCACCUGCUCAAAACUUUAUGAGCUUACCACGUUGAACGAAGGAAAAGUUUUCUAUUCAAAUAAAUGUAAAUCACUGGUGAUGUUGUGAAUAUUCUACUCCUUCGUCCAGAAAACUGCUUCAGGACAGCGGUCCCCAAAACAUGACCCCUUAGGUGGUACAUAUCCGUAUACCCCCCCCCCCCCCCCCCCCCCCUGGUCCCCAAAACAUGACCCCUUAGGUGGUACAUAUCCGUAUACCCCCCCCCCCCACUCCGGGACCCAAGGACCCCUUUUCGUUUUAUGUUCCACUCAACCAUCAUCCCAUGGUAAUUUUAAUUUUUGCCAGACUUCACUUGAUCGGGUUUUUAUUUACUUCUUGUCUUGCAUUCAGAAGAAUCGUAGGCUUGAUUUCCGCCUUUUUCUCGGGGGAGGAGCGCGUGCUAAUUUCCCAUACAGCGGCUGGUAAUCGAGCCUAGAAGAAUCGCUUGUGAUACUCUGACUUAACUCUGUAAAUUCCUGAUACCAAUAUACAUAUUCUCCGCACUAAUUUUUGAUACUACUAAGGAGAAAGAAUUAAAACGUCAGAGCGUUUUAUUGAUGGUGAUCACCACUUUUUUCUUUUUACCACUAUGUUUUAUUCGGCAGUUGAGUAGAGAAAUUCAAUACUGGUCAUAAAUUAAAAAAGGUGGUACUGACUGGUGUGUUUUCUUGCAGGCCGUGAUGUUAACAAAGAAAAAAGUGAAAGUGAAACAUCCAAGAAAGCCACUCAGCUCACCCAGACGCUCGUCAUCUGCUUGCGCAAGAACAAUUUUUUACGAUGACUGAGCAAACUUUAGAGGCUUUCCUCAUCAGACAUACAUUGUUAUUGCAGAAGCAAUGACUUAUAAUUUAUAAAGGCUUCACUUGUACCGUUUAGAUCGAUAUGAAAGUUAGAAAAUCUUUCACCAGAACUGCGUAUUGCUUCUUCAGACGCAUGCAUUGACUUUACAUCUUUUUGCGAGAAACCCUGUUAGAAUGAGCUUGGUUACCAGCUGCUUCCCGCGUUUGGUCCAGAAGUCAAUGGAUCUUUAUUAAAGGAGAACUGGUUCAAGCAGAGCAGUGGAAACCGAAUCUUCUGUCAUGAGAAAGGAUUUCCCCCUCUUUGCUUUAGUGGACACCUCCUAACUGAUGGAUGUGGACGGCUUUCUAAUAACAUGGACUCCCCCUCAGUAAAAUAGUUACGGAGAUCUCUUCAAUACAAUGCACACGUUUUGAAAUAGAUGGACACAUUCUACCUAUAAUCUACGUCUUAACUUUGAUAAAAUGGACACCUCUAUACCACAGAUAGACACCUCUUAAGAAAAUGGGCACCUUCAUAAAAUGGACACCUCUAUACAGAAUGGACACCUUUACUUAGUUGAACAUCUCAUUACUGUCUACAGUAGGAUGGUGACAGACAUUUCUUUAAUACGAUGCACACCUUUGAAACGAGAUGGAUACCUUUACACAAUUAUUUUCAUCUUAACAGAGAUAAAUGAACACCUCUGUAGAAAAUGGGCACCUUCACUAAGGUUGGAUAUCUCAUUACCGACACGAAUACUCCUUCACUAAAAUGGUCAUAUUGCAAAUGGACACCGUCACUAAGAUAGAUUCCACAUGUCCCCAGUUUUCUUUUCUUCCUCUGGAACAAGAGAGGGCCUGGGAACGAAAGUGGCCAAAACUUUAACAAUAUGCAUAUCACGAAAAUUGUUGCAAGC